AUGAGGUUUUCUAAAUAUAUUGGCAGAAUCCUCUUAGCCAUCUUGUAUGUCCAUGCAGGAUUCUCUUAAUUUUUUCAUUAAGAUUCCUACAUCCACUACGUCAACAUACGAUACCCAGUAUUUUAUGCAUAUGCAACAAAUCUAAUUGGAUCAUCCUUGGAGAAUAUCGAAACAUUGAAACCAGCUAAUUUUAUUCAAUACACUCCAAACAUAAUACUCGCCUUUGGGAUAACAUAAACAUUGCUUGGAUUUGCUGUUGGAAUAGGAAUCCAAAAGGCUGGGUAUUUUUUAGCAUUUCUAACAGUGAUAAUAACUGGAUAUGCUCACAAUCCUCUAAUUUACUCAAAAUAAGUAGAUAUUGAUAGAGAAUAUCUGUAAAUAAUUUUUAAUAUUGGAAUCAUAGGAGCCUUAUUUUUAGUUCGCAAAAACAAAAGUAGUAAAAAUUUGAAUGCCAAGAAUGCAACUGAAUCCAUUGUAGAGGAGUUGAAAAAACCUGAAUAACCCCAGCAAUAAAAUAAGGUGACAAUUCCCCAAGGGAAUGCAAAAAAAGCAAAAGGAAAGGCUUUAUGAGUAAUUUAUUUCGUUUUGAUAAUAAUGUUAAAGAAUUGAUUUCUUAAA